AUGGAAAAAUCCAAGUUAGCCAAAGUUGAAAAAGUUUUGGGAAGAACAGGAAGCAGAGGAGGAGUCAUACAAGUCAGGGCCCAAUUUAUGGGAGAUACAGAAUUGUCAGGAAGAUUUUUAAUAAGAAAUGUUAAGGGCCCAGUCAGAGAAGGAGAUAUUUUAGCCUUACUCGAAACGGAAAGAGAAGCAAGAAGAUUACGAUAA